CCGCGAUCGCUGGGACGCGGGGAGCGCGACGGACACGUGCCACAGAUCCUCGACACCUUUGACCGUCGUCAAAGUAGACACAAUGAGCCAAUUCUACAUCUCCGACACCCGCACGCCCUCGCCCACCACCUCCGACGACGAGGACCUCGACACGCUCCCCUUCGCCAAACCCCUGCAACGCAGCGACUUCCUCACGCCCACCUUCACGCCCUCAGCCUACCUCUCCACACUCUCCAACCGCCACCAGACACUCGAGGACCUACGCUCUGAACUGCGCGCGCGCUCGCAACUCCUGUCACGCGAACUGCUCGACCUGGUCAAUGCCAACUACGCCGACUUCCUGACGCUGGGCAAUAGUCUGCGCGGCGGCGAGGAGCGCGUCGAGGGCGUGCGCGUCGGGCUGCUGGGGUUCGCGAAGGAGGUCGCGGUGCUGGAGGCGCUGGUGCGCGAGCGCGAGGAGGAGGUGCGUGUGUUGGUGCAGGAGCGGCGGUUGGUGCGGCAGCGGAUUGAGGUUGGGCGGCGGCUGAUCGGGAUUGAGGAGCGGUUGAGGGAGUGCGAGGAAGGGGUUGCUGUUGAGGCGCGGGACGGGGAGCUGAGUGACAGCAGUGAGAGCGAGGAUGAGGAUGGGGAGGGGUACGGCACGAGUGUUGCGCGGUUGAGGAAAAACGUCGUACAGUACAGACUCGUCAAGGAGGCGGUCAAGGGGCUGGAGGAGCAUCCGUUUGUGGUGGCACAGACAGCGAGGCUGGGCAAGGUGCGGAGCACGUUGUUACUCGACCUGAGCACUGCGCUGCAGCAGGCGAAGCGAGCUGGGACUGCUGGUUCAGACAGGGUGAUGCAGAUUAUGAAAGUGUACGCGGACAUGGAGGAGCCCGGGGAGGCGGUUAAGGUGCUCAAGGCGCUGAAGACGAGGCAUUGAGUUCAUCA